AUGUUUCCAGUAUCUCAAUGGCUCCGGUACACAUCCCUUUCAAAGAAUUUCAGCCCAUCAAAAUGGCUCCGGACGCUCCACCUCGACGCCCGCACAUGCCUCCUGAUGCUCAAAGGAGCCCUCCCACCAACAAUUGUCAUUGCGAUCUACCAGAGCAGCGCCAUCUCUAAUAUUACACUGACGAUUGGCUACCUGUCCGCCCUGAUUUCUGUCCUUUCGCAGGCUUUACUGCCUCGAGCAAAGUUCACGAAGAUUGUCUUCUUUGACGUACUAUCAACCUGCAUCGCCGCCUCUCUAUGCUGCCUUGCUGUAUUUUGUGCCGUCAAAGCACAAGAACACCAUGCACCACCAGUCCCCCCGCAAGACGCGUACAGCUCCGACGCUUGUGCUGUUUCUGCAGUAUGGCUGAUUGUCAUGAUCUGGGCUGCGAACGCCAUCCGCGCGUGGAAACCAGCGGAGCUGCAGGACCCGAUGGUUGCAUUCUCAGUUUUCUCGUCUGUGACUCUGACCCGGACGGGGACGUUUGUGAGCCUGUCCGACGGACUGGAGUUCAUCUCGAGACUGCUGAAGGGGUUCAUGCUGGGAUUUGCCAUUGCCACAGGGGUAUCGCUUUUGGUUUAUCCCGUCACCAGUCGGGGAGAUGUGUUUCAGGAUGUACGAGAAUAUGCGGCGCAGAUUCACAUUGUGCUAAAAGCUCAGGGUGAAUUUGUCGGAGACGGCUUUGCGCUUUGCGCUGGCCAGGCGCUAUCUAGCUCCGGUAGGGAUGGCACGCCUGCAAUGAGCGAUUCGCCUCAGGCAUUGAGAAAGAAACUACAAGCGGCGGUUACAGGCCUCCAUGCAAUCCAAGCGAAGCUGCAGUCUGACCUCUUCUACUCGAAAGAUGAGAUUGCAUGGGGCAAGCUAUCCGCGAGUGACCUCACCCAGUUCGGCGGUCUCUUCAAAAACCUCUUUCUACCCCUUUCAGGAUUGGCCAUGCUUCCAGACAUACUAGACAUGGUCUCGAGCCAAGAAGCACAGGCAACCCUCGAUAUCGCGUUGAACCAUCUCGGAGAGGUGUCUUCUCGGUCUGGGACUGAACAUGUCGCAGCAUUUCUGCAUAGCCGUCUUGAAGACUGCUCUGAGCUGGUCAAUGCUGGGCUGCAGUAUGCGUUAUUGAAGUUGGAAAUCAUGAAACCGAUACAACUUGAUAGGCAUAGGGAUGAGGAGGCAGGGCAGCCCUUGAACCCGUUGAGCCCGCACUUUCCUGCACAAUUUGAGAAGCGGAAGUUAGAAUAUCAUUCGAGACGAAGACAGCUUCCCCAGGCCUUUGUUUCGCUCGAGGCGCUUUCCUACGAGAAGUCAGCGGACGGAGUAUCAGAUGACGAAUCAGCUGCUACCGAUGUUGACGUCGAACAGUCCUUUUUCCUCGUGCUGUAUAUAUUGCAACUCCAGGAUAAGCUGCUCAAGGCAACCCAAGACUUCGUGGAAUUCGCAAAUUCGAAGGUCAUGGAUGGUACGAUGGCUCGAAAGCGGAUAAUACUGCCUGCGCUUACCAUCUGCGAAUGGCUUUCAAUCACCUACAAACACAGGAACAAACAAUCGCCUCACCCCAACCCCGAACACCUUCCCCCCUCAACAGCCUGGGAAAAGGCAAGCAGCGUCCUCCCCCUAAUUUGCCGCGUCCUCCGUUCUUCAGAAAGCGUUUUCGGCUUCCGCGUUGCAGCAGCUUCAUUCUGCGUCGGGAUUCUUGCAUAUCUCCACCAGACGCAAGAUUUCUUCAUCCGCCAGAGAUGUAUUUGGGCCAUGAUUGUGAUUGUUAUAGGCAUGAGCCCGACGAGUGGACAGACGCUGCUAGGCUUCAUAACGCGCAUUGCGGCUACGGUUAUUUCGCUGGCGCUGAGUCUGAUGGUUUGGUACAUACCGGACCAACAUACAGCGGGAGUAAUAGUCUUCCUUUACUUGGCCAAUGUCUUUGAGAUGCGCAAGCUCGGCACAGACGUCGGCACCUCGAAUGGCCAACCCUACUAUCCAAUCUACCUGUUCGCUCCUUACAAGCUUCUCGCUGUCGCAGCAGGCUGUGCGAUCUCCUUUAUCUGGGUUGUCCUCCCCUACCCUGUAACGUCAAAGAGCACACUGCGCAAAUCCCUUGGGGAAGGGCUAUAUCUUCUCGCGCGGUUCUACAGCUGCCUGCACGCGACCAUCGAGCUGUGGAUGAAAGGCGAGCUGGGUGAAGGCUCUGUACAGUCUACGAACUCCGCGAUUACACAGGAUCUGCAGAAAACUAGACAGCGAGUCUUCAAGGAGGGGAUGAUACUUCUGACGAAACUACGGACACUCAGUCAUUUUAGCACCUUCGAGCCGCGUAUCGGAGGUAAGUUCCCGAAAUCGACAUACGAUGCCAUCAUCCGUGAGAUCCAGCGAAUGUUCAUCAGCAUGGCCCUGAUGGCCCAGACAGCCCAAUCUUUUCAAGAUCCAUCUUUGCUCUCAACGCGAGGGAAUACCAGGAUGGAAGAUAAAUUCACAAAAAAAUGGUCCUCUCGCCUAGCCUCUAUUGCGCUACAAUCUACAGACUUCAAAUCCCACGCCACAACCUCUCUCCUCUGCCACCUCGGAUCAGCGGUUUUGAACGCCCAGCCGUUACCCCCGUAUCUGUCUACAGGGGCCUCAUUCCCGCUUGCGCGUGCCGUGCGUCAGACAGACAAGGACUUGAUGAGUAUUCGGCACAUUCAUGAUCCCGCGUUCUCAGCGUUUGCCUCGUUGGAGGUGCUAAGGUCUGUUGUGGGAGCGGGACUGGGGAAGUUGCUUGGCAAUGUGAAGUCCUUGGUUGGGGAGCUCUCGUUUGACGUUCGGGAUCAAGGCGGUGACGAGGGAGCUGAAUUAAGGACGUUGAUGGACGAUCUUUAAGUGUUGCAGUUCGUGGUGAGCAGCCACUGAAUUGAAUUUGAAGCUGCAAUAAUAUUCCCAUUGUCCAUU